GGGUAGCCCGGGGACCGGUGGCUGUGGCCUGACUGUUUUCUGUAGGACAGUGGCCACCUGGGGAGCUGAGACCGUGAGACUGCAAGAUGGCAAAUCCCUUCCAGCUGAGGGCGGUUAGGAGCAAACUGAACAGCGGAGGUGGAGAAGGAUGAGUUCUGGGAAUGGGCUGCUUGCGCGGUUCUCUUCAGCCGGCGUUCCGGCCUGCUGUGGGGCGCCUCUGCCUCUUGGGAGCUUUUCCCGUCUUUAGGCAAAGAAGGCAAGUUCGUUAGGUGGGAAAGAAAGAAAGGAACCUGCUGCCCUUGGUGCACCCAGCCGUCGCUGGAGCACAUGGCGGCGCUCGGCACCGCGCAGAGGCACCCGGGGCACCCCAGCCGUGAGCGCUGCGCGGGCGGCGGAAUCGCUUCCCCCGGACCCCCCCCCCCGCGAGGCCCGGGAAGGAGGUGGGCGGGGCGGGCCGCUCCUCACGCGAGACCGGGGCCGCGCAGGGCCUGCAGGCCCGUUCGCCGGCGGCCGCGGUGGGACGUCCCCGCGUGGUUGGCCGUUCCCUCCGCAGACCGGAGCGAAGCAGAAAGGCUCCCGCCGGGGCGCGCCGGCCGCGGGUGUUUUUAAGCGGAGUGGGUUUGUUCCCGGAGCGGGGCCGGCCGCCGGCUGCCCGCCUCCGUGUGUGCGGCUGCUGCCGGCCGGGGGGGGGCGGCGGGCUCGCCGUGCUGCUGCCACCAUGUCCCUGUCCUGCGCCUUGAGGCUGCUGCGCUGGCAUCUCCACCCUUGGAGCGGUCUCCUGAGCUGCCGGCACUGCAGCCUGCUGAUUGAGAAGAGGACAGCAGCCGAGCGGAAGGAGAAGAAAAAGUCCAGGGACGGCUGCAGCCUGCCAGCCUCCUCCUGGGAGCAGAGGUUAGCAAAUGUGGUGACUCCGCUAUGGAGACUUCCCUAUCAAGAGCAGCUGCAGGUGAAGUAUGAAAGCCAGAGGAAGAUUUUGCAGACACUGGCGUCUCGUCUUGAGGAGCUGGGCAUAGAUGUGCAGAAACCUGGUGGACUCUGCUGUCCUCUCCAGCCUAUAGUCCCUUCACCCGUCAUUAACGGCUACCGAAACAAAUCUACUUUCUCUGUGAACCGAGGACCAGAUGGGAACCCCAAAACCGUGGGGUUGUAUGUGGGAACUGGCAGAGCAAGAAAUAUUGUCUGUGUGAGAGCCAACCACAUGGAGAACAUACCUGCAAAACACAAACAAGUAGCCCAGUACUAUGAGGAGUUCAUCCGUUGCUCCCCCCUGGACCCUUGCAUCCUCUUCCACAAAGGCGGACACUGGCGGGAGCUCGUGGUACGCACCACCAGCCGUGGCCACACCAUGGCUAUCAUCACCUUCCACCCCCAGGAGCUGGGCCAGGAGGCACUGGCUACUCAGAAAGCACUGCUUAAGGAGUUCUUCACGUGUGGACCUGGAAGAGCCUGUGCCUUGACUUCACUUUAUUUCCAAGAGAGCACCAUGACACGCUGCUCCCAUGAGCAGUCCCCCUUCCAGCUCCUUCAUGGAGAACCGCACAUCUUUGAAGAAGUGCUUGGCCUGAAGUUUCGCAUCUCUCCAGAUGCCUUUUUCCAAGUAAACACAGGUGGAGCAGAAGUUCUGUACCAGGUGGUUGGGGAGCUGAGUCAGGCCAGUGGGGACACCAUCCUCCUCGACAUCUGCUGUGGAACGGGCACAAUUGGUCUCUCUCUGGCUCACCAAGUGUCCAAGGUUAUUGGUGUUGAGGUGGUGGAGAAGGCAAUAGAGGACGCCAGGUGGAAUGCAGCAUUCAAUGGAAUUUCAAACUGUGAGUUUCACAGUGGAAAGGCUGAGGCCGUGUUACCACAACUCCUGUCAUCGUGGGAGGAUGCCCGACCCCUUGUUGCUGUGGUGAACCCAUCUCGGGCUGGGCUCCAUUACAGGGUUGUGCAAGCCAUCCGAAACUGCAAGUCCAUCCGAAGGCUACUCUACAUCUCCUGCAAGCCAGAGGGUGAUGCCAUGAGGAACUUUCUUGAGCUGUGCUGCCCACCUGACCCAGGGAAGAAGCUGGCAGGAGAGCCAUUUGCCCCCACGUUGGCUGUACCUUUUGACAUGUUUCCUCAUACUGUUCAUUGUGAGCUGGUGCUGCUGUUCACCCGCUGACAAGGAGACAUGUAUGCCAGCUCUGAGAGCUUGGGAAGCGACCUCCUACUGUCCCGAACACUGGAGUUGAAGUAGUUAGGAUUUUAACUUACUAUCUUGAAAGCUGUAUAAAAAUAAGUAAUUUUGCUUUUGCUCUUAAUUUGGGUGUCCUAACUACACUGUUCUGUAUAGAAACACCUGGAUUUCUGGGGUGAAAAGGUUCUUUGUAGCAUUUCAGCACCCUUUCCCUCCCCUGCAAAACUUCUUGGUCUGUUGGUUAAAGCAGCCUGGAAAAUACCCUCUCCCUGGUAUUGUGGGUUUUCACAAUCAACAUGUGAAUAUGAAGUACUAAAAUCCACUGUGUUUUCUAAUACUGCUGUGCCAUUAAUUGUCUGGUUGCUUCAAGGAUGUUUCAGGUGUUUUUCAAGUUCAGAGUGAACUUGAUAUCAAGAAACCAUAGCAAGUAGAAAUCCUCAUGGUUCGCUGGCAAAACGUUGACUUUUGGGGUCAGGGAAGUACUUCAUGUCUAAACUUCCAAAACUAAUAUUGAAUCACUAUCAGUCACAUGGAUAAAUUGGAGGCAAUUAGAAAGAUUUUUCUAUAAAACAAAAUUAAGAGAAAACAGAUCUCGGUGUCUUUCCUUCCACACCUGCCUCCCCCUUCUCAACUAAUGCUUGGUGAUACCUAAACACGAAGUGCCCUGUGAAAAUGACAGCAGCUGCAAGUUAUUUCCUUAUCAGGUUGCUCUGCAAUAGAAAAUUCAAAAAUUUGUUAUGUUUUGUGUCUGUCCUGCCAUGCUCACUGACUGGGAAGCUGUGACCCUCAAUGUUAUGUGAAGUUUUCUCCAGCUCUUCAAAAGGUAGAGCUGCUGCAACUUGGAGGCAGGCAUGAGUGAGCAGAGUUCCCUUGUGUUUUGUGAACUCCACAUUGUUUUGAGGGGUCCUUUUAUUUUUUAUGUUGUAUUGAAGUCACUUUUUGGUUUAUCUUGGUUGUCUAGGGCAGACCAGUAGCAAAACACAUUUCUACAGUCAGGCUGUUAAAUUUUACUCUUUCCGCCGAAACAGGAGUUCCCUGUCUGAUUUGGGUGAACCGAGGCUGAUAAACUCCCAAGGAAACAGAGAGCUGCCUGUAUUUUUCAGACUUUUAACUCCAGUCCUAAGGAACCCUGAGCCUGGAAUAAUAACAACCACCAGCUCUCAAGCUGUGGGGGCUUAAAAUAUGUGGGUUUAGGACUUGAGACUUACUGCACCAGAAAGGGAGGUGAUGGAGGGAUUCCUGACAGGUACAGGAUGUGUCACUCUUGUACCACCCCACAAGUGUAAGAUUUUUGCACACUGUUAACAGCCUCAUGUUUUCAGAUUAUAGUGAGGGAUGCAGUUUUCUAGCAGUUCUGUUUUGUAUAAUUAUACCUGGACUGCUCACUAUGAGAUCUGAAUGGAUUUCUGCUUAGCCUGGCUACACUUUUGUCAAAAGGAAAUUUUUUGCAAAUUGGAGGGGGAGAGAGAAUAACUUUAAAUCGUAAAGUAACAGAGGAUCAGGAAACCUGCCUCUGUACAAGAGACCUCUGACCACUUUUCCUCCCUAGCAGGUUACUCCUGUGCACUCUGCUAACAUGUCCUCGUUUUCUCACUAGUGAGCAACUGCGCUAUGCGUUUAGCUGCUAUCCUGCAUCCCUAGGACUGGCUCAGUUUUUGCUUUCUGUGGGUAAUUUGUGGGAUGUGCAAGAAAACAGAGGAUGACUUAAUGGUAGGAGCGGUGGGAAGGCCAUCACUCGGCAGGUGCUGGAGCUGCCUGGCUAUGGCUGCAGGGCAUUAGGACCCGGAGGUUGCUGAGUGGAGGAGGCUGAAUCCCCCUCCCGCUGUCAUCCUCGCUGCCUCUGCAGCUUUAUUCCUCAUCUCCUUCAAUGGUGACUGACUACCUCCUGCCCGGGCUGGCAGCCAGAGCGAGAAGGCCUCACUAGGAGCGGUUCCCAGGACCGGUUCCUGGCGGCUCCAUGGCAUCUCCCAGGACUAUCACCAUUGUCGCCCUCUCGGUGGCCCUGGGGCUCUUC